AAUGGAUUCUGUUGCUGAAAGUCCUAUUGGUACCAGAAGAAGUGCGACAGACAAUGCCUUUAUUGUUUCAGUUGACGAUGGAGAACAUGUUACAGAAUCAUGGGUGAGCACGUUAUGGCGUUGGUGGAAUGAACGAGUAAUAAAUGCACGAUUGACACAUUACGACAAGGAGGAGCGUCUCACUUUCAUUGCUCAGAGAUUUGCACGAGUCUUAACCGCUUUUUUUGAUGAACGUACAAAAGUGGAAUUAAGUGGACAUUUGCUUUGUGAACAAACAAAACAGCUUCUUCGUGGAACUGAUCCUUGGGCUAUAGCGAUGCGACGGAAAUAUGGACAAAGAAUGGCUGAAUGGAUUUCAAUUUACACUGUGUAUAUGGAGCGGCAUGAGAAAACCAACAAGCCGAAAAAAUUGCCAGCACAGCCUUUAGUUCCUAUUAAGCUUACAAUUUCGAGAUCGUUUGAAUUUUUGCGAGAAAUACCACAGCUGCACAUUGCCCUUCAAGAUGGUGUUGACGACAUGCUUGUAACUUUACUUGGUGAUCAGCUCAUGGGUUGUUUCCGUGGACGGCGUGACAUUUCGGGUGCUAUAUUAGCGCGCAUUCAGAAUUUGGCAGCAACAAUAACACAACAAAUCACAUGGUCCAUGCUUAUUGAACCAGGACGUCCGAGAACAGAUUUAUCGGUUUGGCAUGAGCGAAGUGAAUAUAUUUUUAUGUUAUCAGAAGCAAGUGUUGUUCCGUUAGUUGAAUGUAACACUCAUUGCCCAUUCUUUUGGCCAAGACUUGAGGACGAUGAGUUAAACUUCGGGUGUUUACACGUACGAAAUGUUGGUAUUGACAUGGCUACAGACCCUCUUUUUACUAUUUUCAAUUUGGAUAUUUGGAUGACAACGAUGGAAGAAAAUUUUCAACAGGGUGUAACGGCAAAAUUACGUCUACAACUUUGGCAAUGGAAUUGGCGAAACUACACAGAUUUUUACUGGCCUUUCCGAUUACUUUUUCGAUCACGUAACUCUAAAAAACCGACAGUUUUGGUGUGUAAUGAUGGGUGUGGUAAAUCUGGAACUUUAGCUUUAAUUGAGAUCUUUCUAAUGCAACUUAUUCGUGGUUCUGUUUCUGUUGAACAUCCUAUGCUGACGGCAGGCGUGUUCCUUCGCCUUCAGCGACGUCAUGCUGUUGCUAACUCGAUGCAGUGGUUGUUUGCUUAUCGUACAGUUUUACAUUGGCUCCAACCUUUUGUUAUCUCAUGGUAAGAAUUUUUUAAUAGAUAUUAUAUAAUAGAGAGGAAGCAAAAACAAUUUUUAACUUUUAUUUUAUAAUUCUAAACCAAUUGUAUUUAAUUAAAUUUUCCGGUAUCAUCGCUUCGUGCUUGGUUUUACAUUUCCUUCUCAUGGAUUUUGUGGAAAAUAUGAAGAGAUUGCACAUACUUAUUCGCAUAGGAAAAAUUUGUCAGUUUAGGAUUUUUUUA